GAUUUUUUAAUAUUUCACAGCAGAAAAAAUGUCAAACAAUAAGAUGAAGGGCCUCUUAAAAGGCCUGAGAUAUAUUUCUCAAAUGUUUGAAAAUGAGAAAGAGGCUGAAAUGCAGAUUGGUUAUCCCACUGAUGUAAAGCAUGUUGCCCAUAUAGGAUUGGAUGGUCAAUCGGACGUGAAACCAGCAGCACCCAGAUUCGUAUCGGCACCUUUAAUUCUUGGGGAGAGGAAUCAAGCAACAAUGCAAACAGUUCAAGCAAUAAUGCAAACUGUUCUCCAGCACGAGACUUGCCUGAUGUGCGGAAAGCAACAAGACGCCACGCAUCCGCAGGUUCCGCGGCUGAGACCCCCGAAGGAGAAGCCAGAAAAAACUAAGCAAUCAAAAAAGUCACUUAAUGUUGGCAAAUCCAAAGAACCAAGCCAAAGCCAAGAGGGUGACUCACCCACCAAACGACCUGAAAUUCCCAAAAAAUCUCGGAGGAAGAAAUCUGAGUCCAUGGAGGGAUCGUCCAGAUCUUCAAGAUCAAGGAGAGCUCAUGGGCACAAGGAUCAAACUUCUGAAUCUGAGUUGGUAUCCAGAGCAGCUGAUCAUUGUCAAAAUUCUUCUGAGGGAGGGGAAGACAAGGGAUUUAUAGGGAUUUCUUGAAAAAUUGGUGCAAUUUUAACUGUUACGUUUGUAGCUAGAAAACAACACUCAUUUUUAUAUGUCACUCAGCCUUGUUUGACCAAUCAAACAGUACAUAUUCAUUGUUGAAUCAAUUCAAAUUUUCUUAGAAAUGUGAA